UCGCCAUCGCCCACUUUAGCGCCACCUCCUCAGCGACCGCCGAACUCACCGAAUUUCCCCGCGAAUUUCACAACCUACACCCUCGAGGAUUUCUACAUUGAGCCAUGCUUCUACAAGAUGGAGCGGCUGAUCCUGGAGAUGCAACACCCGGAGUUGGGCGUCCCCUUACGCUCCCAGAAACUUUUCCUCACGUCCAUCCCCUUCGCGUUCGUAGGGUAUGAUGUCGUCGAGUGGAUCAUGGACAACCUGGACAUCGAAGAUCAGUCGGGGCCCGUGGCACAAGAGGCUCUGCAUAUCGGCAAUCUGCUUUGCCAGUUUGGCUAUUUUUUCCCGGUCGGUGAAAACGCCAAAACAUACACCAUCAAAGACGACUCAACCUUGUACAGAUUCCAGUCGCCCUUGUUCUGGCCUGCGAGAAGUACACCGGACAACGCGGAUUACGCUUUAUACCUGCUGAAACGUCAUCUGAAGAACAAACAGAAGAGUUCUCUCGAGGACUAUGAGCAAGAAGCGCUACAACGAUUAAAGAAGUUGCUCGCCGCAAAGUGGGAUAAUCUCUGUCAGCAAGCCGAAGAUUCCAUCGCGCAAACGAAGGAUCGCAAAAAGCACGAUAAAGUGAUAAGUUCAUCUCAGGAAAGAGCGUAUUGGCGCAUCCAUCGUCCGCCGCCUGGAGUCCAGAGCUGUCUCGAAAGAUGUCCCGUCCCCAGCCGGCGGGGACCGCGCAAGAAGACCGUUGAGCAACUCAAGCGUCAGAUUGAAAUAUUGAAACGAAACCUCAUGAAGUCUCGAAACAAAAGCACCCUAUGGCAACGCUGCGACGAUUAUCGAGAAUUCGACGCUUUCCUGUCGUCGACACUGCCCUCGAAUCCAUGGGUUUCAGACGAUCAUUCGUUCUGGCUCAUCGAAAGCGCGCAGUGUGAGACCCCAACGGAGCGCCGGCUCAAACGGUGGACCCUGAGCAUCGAGGAGUUGUUGUCCGAUCCCAGGGGCUUCCAGGAGUUCGAGAUCUAUCUCCGGAAGGAAUACUCCCAUGAGAACAUCCUAUUCUGGAAAGCCGUUCAAAAGCUAAAGAAAGGAUCACCGUCCAACAUUGCCCAGAAAGUACAAGCUAUACACGACGAAUAUCUCGCCUCUGGUGCGGCUUGUGAGGUGAACCUCGACUCUGCAACGAUGGAAAUCACCAUGGAAGCAAUGAAGAAACCGACACGAUACACGUUCGAGCACGCUCAACAGCACGCGUACACGCUCAUGCAGACCGACACGUAUCCGCGCUUUCUACGGAGCGAACAUUUCAACAAUCUCUUGCAUAAAGCAUCCAAUCUUCAGAUUCAGGGCCACCGAAAGCGCUUCUUCCAUUUCGGGGCUUCCACGCGCAAAAAGCCGGAGAGCCAGAGACCGUCGCCGCCUCAGCAGGUCACGACAUUGUUGCCAUCGACUGGCGCUCUAGUUCUCUAUACCAAAGCUUCAGGAAGUUCCUGUGACCUCCGUGAGUCCCAGAAGCGACGCGGUAGCCGAGGCGCGAAGUCGGCUCAAAGCUCUUCGAAACCAGAGGCCACGUCGGACGACGAUUCCGUCGCGGCCAACCCACCGUCUCCAGCGUUCAGUGGCCGGCACUCGCACUCAACCAGUGAUCUCCAUUCGCUGACUCCGAGCUCUCACGCCUCGAGUGUGGUGGCAAGCGGAGCGAAUUCGGCGUUUGGACAACUGGCCGAGAAAGGCGAGAGCGCGUUCUCGUCGCCAUCCGUCAGUUCGGAGUACAUUGCGGUGGACGCAGAAGGCGUUGCUGAAGACAGUUGUGGAGGGACGACCCUCCGGGUGCCUCGAUGGAGUCAUAAGGCAAGUGACCCAGGCUCUAUGGCUGUGCCAUCGGCGCUGCUCAAGGUACCGUCGUCCCCGCGCAGCAAAGGCGAAGAAACUGAUCCGGAAGAUCAUUCCAGCAGCGCCUAG